AUGAAAGUUAAUGGUCAAAAUAUAAAAUUAAUCAAAUUAUUCUAUGUUUUAGGAGUUAUAUUUUUAAAUUUAAGUAGCAUGUUAUGUGUCGCACAUUUGUAAUUAUUCACACCUGUUAAUUUCCUUUUGAUCCCUAAAACAAGCAUAGUACUUAUUAACACUGCUAGCGCUGUAUCAUAAUAGAAUAAUAUAAUUUAUUAUGUAGAUCUAUAGUCAACUGAAUUUUAAGUGCUAAAUUCUAUUAAACCUUCAUUUGAGAUUCAAAAAAUGCUCUAUAUUGAAUAAAUAGACCAAAUACUUCUUUGGAAUAAUGCUCAAGUUUUACUUGCAAACCCUUACAAUCUAACUCCAACAAAAUAAAUUGCUCUUUAGUAUAUUUAAAAUAUAGAUUUAAUACCUAAUACCUAAUUUGCUCUUUUAACUGCAGAAACACAGAUAUUUUUAAUAAAUUAACUUACUCUUGAUAUAAUCAUGAUUAUGGAUGCCUAUACUUCCCAAUAUUACUCGCUAAUGGUAAAUCAGUAUAGCCUAUAUUUUAAGAAUCUUAAGUAAUAGAAUACUUUACUUGUUGUUACAACUUCGGGAGUUUAGGUUUGGAGUUUAAAUUUAGAUACAUUAGAUCAAUUGUUUUAUGGAUACAUUUCGUAAACUUAUUUGCCUUUUUAGAUGAAUAAUUAAUUUACUGUAGCCAAACAUCCUAGCUAUGAUUUAAUUAUUGUUGGAAGUUAAUACUUAAAUGUGCAAUUUAUCUAAGUUAGUGAUACUUAGCAACCAAAUUUUCCUACUGUUUUCUAACACAAAUUCAUGCCUGAUAAUCCAAGUAUUUAUGCAAAUGAAACUCUUAUCAUUCCUAAAAAUAAAGGUGAUCCAAAUUCUAAAGAUGCUCUUUUAAUGACAUUUACUACUAAUUUAUUUUAAGCAUAUAUAGAUUUCUAAGUAGAUGCAAAUAAUAAUAUACACCUUACAUUUAUAAAAUGGACUUUCACUAACAAGCCAGGAGGUUAUGGAUGGUAUUAUUUGCCAAACCUAUCAAAAAUCCUAAUAGGAUAUGAAUUUGCUGCUUUAAUUUAUGACGCAUCUACAUAAAUAUAUUAGCCUAUACUCUAGCUUUAUUCUGAUGCAAAUAACAGGAGAUAUAUAGUUGAAAUAUAAAAUAAGGAAUACUUUGUUUAUAUAAAUCCAAAUGGAUUUUUCCUUGCUGAUAGGAACUAUUAAAACAGAAGAAUUUUUAGAAAAAAUGACCCUCCAUUUCCUUACAUUAUGAAGCAUGGAACUUUUUUUUAAGUUAAAGGUUGUCCAUUAUGCUUUGUAUUAGUUUGUAAUAAAGGAGGAUUUGCUGAUACUGCAAAUAUUUAUAUUGCAACAACUUAACUAAUCCCUAUUUAAUAGCCUUACUAAUACAUAUCUUUAGCUCCAUUCAACAUCCGUGCAAAUACAAUGACUAAUAAUUUAGAUCCUUUUUUCUAUAAUAAUACUGUCUGGGUACCAAUAGGCAUUUCUUAUAAUUAUAAUACUCUGGGUUGCAUAUUUUUAGUCUUUAAUAUUAAAGAUUCCAAUUCUCAAUUAUGCUUAAAAUCUCCUCUGUAAAGUGAAAAUAGCUUAGAAUCUAUGUAUGCAAUAACCUCUUUAAUGGAUAAAAAUUAAUAAGAAAUUGUUGGAGUUACAAGAAAUGGCAUGUUAUUUAGAUGGGAUCUAUAGACACAAAAUUGUUUUGAGAAAAUUGAAUUAUAAAACUGUCAUGAUAGUCUUUAUGGAAAUAUAUAUCAUAAUGUAUAAAGUGAUAAUUCUAUUAAUAAAUAUUUUAUUACAGUAUGUCAGAAUUUGUUUACUUAAGUUAUUGACUUUCAAAAAAAAACUGUUUAAACCCUAAGUUAAUCUGAUAGAUCAUCGAGUAGUAUUGUAAAUGUUUUUGAAUCGGUUGGAUUAAUUGCUAUUGGUAGUAAUAAUGGAUAAGCCUAUUUAUAUAGAUUUAACAAUCAAACUGCUUUAUUUGAUUUCUUUAUGUAAAUUGGAUCAUCAAAAAUAUUGGAAUAAAUUAUUUUCAUAUAACUCGUUUCACCAAAAACUUUAUGGAUUCAGCAUAGCUAUAGAGAUGUUUAUUAUCCGAUUGACUCUUGCUUAUAAGAUAUUUAAAAUUGCCUUAAUUGUUAAUAUGACUUCUAUUUUUAGGUAAACGAAACUAUGCAAAACAACGGAUUUUAUGGUAUUGGUGAUAUAAACUAACCUUAUACCAGCUCAAAUAACCUAUUUACUGCUCUACUUAAGGCUUAGUUUUACAGAGAUACAAUUAAGGGUGUUGUAAAUAUAAAUGCAAAUAUUUAUCUUUAAUCAUAAAAAACUCUACAGAUAAAAGAUUAAUUUUUGAAUAUUGAUUUUUAAAACCUAAUUUCAUUAACUAUGCAAAGUAGUCAAUAGGGUGUUUAAACUUAAAUUAUGGCUUUUGAUUAACUUAGCUUUUAGAAUUACAACUAAGUGAAAUUAAAAGAUAUAUAAAUUAUUUUUAAUCUGCUAAAUUAGCCUCAGGUACUGUGUGGAAUUAUUUUAUCAAAUUUACAAUCUGCAAUACUCGACAACAUAUAAAUUUAAUAGUAAAAUACAGGCUCCAAUAAAAAUUGCUAUCUAAUAUAAAUUGAUAAUAGCUACUUACAACUCUUUAACUAUUAUUUAUUUAACUAAACUUUGAAUUAAGUGCCAUAACUUUUUUUGAUCAAUAACUCAACAUAAAUCUUGAUGUAAAAUUUUACAAUUGAUAGCUGCUCUUUGAAUCCAGGAUUUACGGUUAUGACUUCAACCAGUGAUAUCUAUUUUACAGGCAGAUCUAUCAGUAUAACAAAUAACAACUCUACUGGUAAUUUUAAUAUCUCUAGCAUUUCAUCUCUAUUCUCUGCUGGAUAAUUUAAUAUAACUGAUGUUAACAUCAUUAAUAAUAAUUUAACAAAUAUAAAGCUUUUUUCUUCAAUGCCUUCAUUAUAAUAGUCUCAAUAUUAUUUUUCAUUUAAGAAUAUAAAUUUAACAUCUAAUUCCUUCUUCAUAAAUUCUAAGCAGAUUCUAUUUAGUGCAUUAUAUUCUUAGCUAUCUGAACCUGAUCACAAUUUUAUCCUUUAAAAUGCAAAUUUUUAUCGCAACAAAUAUUCUUCUUUUAAAAUGACUGAUAAUGGUAUUAGUUCAUAAAUUGAAAAUAGUUUCCUUAUUCAAACUGAAAAAAUAAAAAAUAUUAUCAUUUAAAAUGUUAAUUUCACAAACCACUACGAAAUUUCUUUAAUGGAAUUGAAGUUUUCUACUUUAGUUAAUGUAUCAAUACUAAAUUGCCUUGAUUUAUUAAAUUAAUUAUACCAAGGAUAGACGAUCAUAGGUUGUCUUAGCAUCUAAGAGGUUAAUAAACUUACUUUAGAUUAGCUUUACUUUUAAGAUAAAAUAAUCUAAGAUUAAUCACUUUUAAUAAUUAGUAACCAAUAAUAUUAGAAUACUGAAAUAAAUAUCACAAAUUCAGUUUUUUAAAAUUUGCAAUUAUUACAAAAUUUACCUAGCUCAUAAGUUAAUCCUAUUUUGAUUAUCGGUUAAGGAAAAAAUACAACUAUUUUAAUUUCAAAUUGUACAUUUUAGUAAAAUAAUUUGAUCUCUUCUAGCUCUGUAUUAAUUUAUUCUGUGACUUCUCUAUGGAUUUAAAAUGUGGAAGGAUUAACAAUAAUUUAAUAAUCAAAGUUUCUAAACUGCUCUAGUAAUUCUGUAUAUAAUAAUAUCUACAUAUAAGCUACUAAUUUUACAAUAGUUAGUACUACAUUUGACCGCUCAUCAUUUUAGUUAAAAGAUUAGCUCAUUCAAAAUCAGGUAACAUAAAAAAUAACAAAUGAAGGUGGAUUCAUUAGAGCAAACAUAUAAUAUUUAAAUAUCUAAAAUAGUUCAUUUAGUAACUCAGUGAGUUUAAUAGGGUCUUUUAUUUUUAUGGAAUCUUUCAAGUCAGUAUUAAAUACUUAAAUAGAAAAUUCAAAUUUUACUAAUGGAUACUCAGUAUUAGAUGGAAGUGCUUUUUAUUUCAACCUCCCAAACUCUAACUUAACCUUUAGAUGCUUCAAUUGGUCUUUAUAAUUAAUUAAUUCUACUUUCUUAGACAUUUAAUAAUAUGAACUACCUUAAACUAAAAGAAUGCUCUAAGGAGUUAUUUUGCCUAACAACUAAAAUUCUUUAAUCAUUUCUUCUUCUAGUAAUGUUUAAAUAAGUGACAAUUCAUUAUUUUCUGAAAUCUCAUGUACUUAUAAAUGCAGUGGGACAUCUUUGUAACUUAUCAAUUCUACCUUUAAUAUUUAAGAUGCAAUCUUUUAAAGCUAAAAAGGAGUUUAAGGUGGAGUCAUAUAAAUAGAUAGCCCAAGUCUAAAUUCAAUAAACAAAAUUGGAGGAUGCCUUUUUUUUAACAACACAUCUAAUUAUUAUGGAGGUGCUUUGAGCUUGUAAUCUUAUGUUGGAAAUGUAUUUUAACUUACCAUAUUCAAUUCAACAUUUAUUGAAAAUCAUUCUAUAAAUGGAUACGGUGGAGCUUUAUAUAUUUUCUCUGAAUCUUUGAAUGAUUAGUACUAAGUUGUAAGCAUUUAGAAAUCUGUCUUGGUUUAAAAUUCUGCAAAGAUUGGUGGCUCUAUAUAUUUUAAAGGUUUAUCUCCUUAUAUUGAUGCUAAUUCUACUAUUGCAUAAAAUCAAGCAUCCCAAUAUGGAUAAAAUGUAUUUAGUUACCCAACUUAGCUUUAUUUUUUAAACAGAAAUGACUUUCUUGAAUAAAAUCUCAACUCACAAAUAGUUCAUGAUAAUUUAAUUAUUUUAGAAAAUUUCAAAAGUGGAUAGAAUCUUUCCACUAUAUUUUUCUAAAUGAUGGAUAAUAAAAAUUAGCUAGUAUUACCUCAAUAUGGUGAAAAUCCUUAUUAAGUAUUCAUUAAAAUCAGUAAUAAAACUAAAAAUGCAGAUAAUUAUUAUAUAAGAGGAUAACAAAAUGCUACGUAUGUUAUGAAUUAAAUUCCUUAACUGAGUUUUAUAACUUUUGACUAAGUUUAAAUUAUAGGAAUUCCUGGAUCAGUAGGAAUAGUUGAAUUUUAUUCAGAUAAAAUAUAUUAAAUAGAUCCUAAUACAAAUAAGUUUGUUUAAAAUUACAAAUUUGAGAUACAAGUUAAUUUUAGAAACUGCUCAGUUGGUGAAUUUAUAAAUAAAUAUAAUAAUUAUUAGGAGUGUCUAAAUUGCCCGUAAGGUACAUAUUCAAUAGAUCCUAAAGUAUGUUUAGAUUGUCCAGUAGGUGGUAUUUGCUAAGAAGGUUAAAGCUUAAAAUGCAAAUAGGGUUAUUGGAGAUCAUGUGAGUUAGAUGAUUAACUAAUUUAAUGCACUUACUCUGAAGCAAACUGUAUAGGCGGAACUUAUGGAAAUAAUGUCUGUAAAAGAGGAAGUAUAGGAGCAUUAUGCUAGGAAUGUGAUAUUUAUGGAUAUUAUUGGAAAGAUUAGUACUCAAAGUCAAAAAAUUAAUAUGAAUGCGAACUUUGCUCUGAAUAAAAUAAAUAAUUAGCAAAGAUUAUCUUUAUCAAUAUUUGGACUAUCUUUUCUUUAUUGUUUAGUGUAUAAAAAAAUGAAGAAAGUAUCUUGAUGAGAAGGACAUCAAAAUUAUUGUCAAAAUAUUUUACAUGGUCUUAAAUAAGUUCAAUGACAAACAGCGAAAAAAAUUAAAAAAAAUAAUACUGUGUUUAAAGAAACGAUUUCGUUUCAAACAAAGCUGGAAUAUAUAUUAAACUAUUUAUGAAUUAUAUUUUUAUUAUAAGCUCUCUUAGUAAACUUAAUUUAAAUUUCUCCAAAGCAAUUACUGGUUUUCCAAGUUUGAUUGGAAGACCUCUUGACUCAUCUAUAAAUACCAUUGAAUGCUUUUUGGUGAAUCUAAGCACUUCUGUUCCAAUAAUUUACUUAAAACUGAUGUUUUCUCUUGUAAUACCUGUCUUUCAUUUUCUACUUUUCAUUAUUUAUCUUAUUUUAGAAAAAAAAACUUAAAAAUUAAAUAAAUUUCCUUACCACAAAAUAUACACUGCAUGUAUUUUCUUGGUUUUAUAUUAUCAGCCUGAUCUAUUGACUUAGAUGAUAUCGCUGUUUUCUUGUAUAAAAUUGGGUAAUAAUGAAUAUAUUUUAGCUAACGUUUCAUAUUAAUGUUAUGCAGUUGAUUAUAAUAAGUACACCUACUUUUUGGUUUUACCAUUUUUAAUAAUUUGGAUAUUAGUGAUACCUCUCUUUCUUUUUCUGAUGAUUUUUAUUAAUAGAAAAUAAUUAAAUCAAGUAAAUUUACAGCUUAAAUAUGGAUAUUUGUAUUAAGAAUACAAAGAGCAUGCUUUCUAUUGGGAAUUCUCAAAAAUUUUCCUAAAAAUAGCUGUUAUUCUAUCUUUGAAUUUCUAUUCUCAGUAUACAUUGGUUAAAGGAAAUUUAAUAUUCUUAUCUAUCAUAUUAUACAAUUGGAUGGUAAAAGCAAUUAAACCUUACAGAGAGGAAGAAGUAAACUAAAUUGAUUACUAUUCGACUUUGGUAUGCUCAGUUUCUGUUUUUUUAGCAGUAUUUGCUACUGAUAAUACAUUUAUAUACUAACAAUAUAUUUCAUAUGCUAUUAUUAUCUUCAUAAAUGCUAUCUUUAUUGUAGUAAUACUAAAGAGGAUAUUUUAUCACAAGCUUUAGAACUUCUUUAUAGGAUUUCUUUCAAAUAAUUUCGAAGAUAAAUAGAAUAAGCUUAUCCAAAUAAAAAGUCGAUACAAUUAACAAAGUUAAUAACGUGUUGUUACUUAAAGAUCUCAAAAUCCUAUUGCUUAGAUAUAAGUAACUUAAUAAUCAGAACAACAGCAAAUGAUUAAUUCCAUAUAUAGCAUAUCUGAAGAAAAAUAAUCAAUUAUGUAUUCAUACUAAACUAAAUUUGACAAAUUCAAGAAUUUAAUAGAACUAGAACCAUUCUAAAAAAAUAGAAAAUUAUUCAGUUGA